AUGGAGUCCAAAGAGAAUAUUACUUCCGACCCCCCAGCUAUACUCUUGCAUAGCCCCGAAUCAGAAGUGAAGCGGAUAGACCUGCUCCCAGAAGAGAACACCGAUGAAUCAGUUACAGAUGAUACCAUAGAGCCGGUGGUCAAAUCCUCUACUCCUGAUGUAGCUGAAAGGGUGGGUGAACCUCAUGCUUUUCGUGAUGCCCCAGAACAAGUGGGCGGGCCUCUUAGCCCCCAGGACAGUCCAGACCAAGUGGACAAGUUUUCUACUCCUCGUGAUCCCUCUGAACAGUUGGAUGGGCCUCCUACUCUUCUUGGUAUCCCAAAACCGGUGGACGAGCUUUCCAGUCUUUGUGUUACCUCAAAACAACAAAAAGGGCCUAGUUUCCUAUUCUGGAUGAACAAGUUACGACCAAAUAGGUCUCCACCUCAUCCACCACAAAAGGUUGUUGAGGGUUGGCCUGAUUUAGACCCUCUGUCGGCCGAAUUUUACAACAACAACGGGCCGUCUUCCUAUGGAACGCAAGAACAGCAUUGGGAACAUGAUUCGGAGCACUCAUCUCACCUUGGAACUGUCAAGACAGCAACAAUGAGCAUUGCUAGUCUAGUGAGGUCGAGAAGAACCACACGGAGCACCACAAAAAGCACCGGUUCAGAUAUUCGUGGGUCAAUGGAGAGUUCAAGGCAGGUGAUCAGUCCUUCUAUCGACGAGGCAGCUCACAAUCGGGCCAUCAAGAGAUGGCAAGUACUCCGAGAGAUAAUUACAACCGAGUCUGAUUAUGUUUGUGGUUUAACGGCUCUCAGUGAGGUGCUCUAUUUAUUUCCAACAAGACCAAAUGUAUACCGCAACAUUGAGCGGAUUUGUGAAAUCCAUGAGAAAUUUCUAGCAGAGCUUCAAAAGGCAAUGCCACAAUCCGAUUCUAUGCGCACCAGCAGUGCUAAUUUGGCAACCCGUGGAAGCAUAAUGGAUUUCAGAGGUCCCAGAAACGAGCAGAACAGAUCUCUAAGAUCUCGAACUCUCAGGGGCCUGUUCAAUGCUCAGCUCAAGGCAGAAACUGCAAGCCCUUACAAAGCUCUUGAUGUGGCUAAUAAAAUUGGGAAACUGUCAGCUUCUUUUGCGGCGUAUGAGGAGUUCUGCGGUAAUUAUGAACUGCUUGCACAAGAUGUCGCGUUCCUGCGUCAGUCAGUACCCGACUGGCAGUUCUACGACCAAGGUAUUGAGGCCUUGUCGAAGUCUGCGGCGUCUAUCAAUAAUAGAAUCCUGGAUGACAAUAAGUCGAUGACACUGAGUGAUCUUCUCAUCAAGCCAAUUCAGCGUGUGUGUAAAUAUCCGCUUCUACUCCAGGAUUUGUUGAAACACACCCCAAUCAGUGAUUGCCCAACUUCCCAUUAUGGGAUUGGAGAAGCUUUAGAAAAUAUCAAAGGUCCAGUAAACUGCAUUAACUCUGCAGCUGGCAAUCCCAUUGUCAAGGACCGAAUUCAGAAGACGAUCUUACUACAAGAGCGCCUGGGCUUCCCAGAAUCUGAAACUCUCAACGACGUCUACAAACAAUUGGGACCAAUGAUAAUUUGCGGUGUUCUUCAUGUUACUUACCAAGAGCCGGAGCUGGUCAUGGGAGAAUACAUGGUCUGCGUUCUGUUCAAAGGAUACUUUUUUCUUGCCAAAGUGGGCGACGAUAAUCGAAGGCUGCAAGCCGUAGCAUGCUUGUAUAUUUCCGAUAUAAUGGUCGAGGCACUGAGAAAUGGGAGAGGUCUUCACUGCUAUGGGUUGUUUUCAUGGAAAUUGACGUUCUCGGAUCAGGAUGAUAAGUUUGAACUUAUCCUAAGCGCGUCAUCGGCAGCAGAGGAACGGCAAUGGAAUACUGAGAUGCUCAAAGCUGCUGCUGCACUGACCGACAUACCAAAACUAUUGUCGUUGGAAGCCAGAAGAUAUUCUUUCGUGGCGCUGGAUUUGGCUCCUUUGAAUCGCGCGCCUCAUCCGGGGCGCCCCCUGGCCCGAAGGUCUUCUACGCACUCGCUAGCCGCCUCGCGUAUGAAAUUCAACCUGCAGCAACAUGUAGUCAUCAAAAAAACACAUUGCCCGUAUAGAUUUGAUGAGGCCGCAUAUCAAGCCAACAAUGGUGAAAUGGAGCGACCGAAAAUCUCUCCUUCCCCACAGUCAGCCUGGGUAGUAGCAACCAAAAGGCAGGAUCGGGUUCGCUUGGAGAAGUUGAUUUCGGAAAUAUACACACGGGAUGUACUUCCAUUUCCUGGCUUGGUUAUGAAGAAAGGCGAUAUUCUCUUCCGAUCUGGUGAGAUUAUGAGGCGAUUGACCACUCGCCCGGGUUUCACCAGGCGUUCCAGCUCUUUGACCCUGCCCAAUACCACUCCUGCCCCUGAUGCCCCCCUUUUGGAAAGCUCUGGCAACAUUAAGGAAGACAUUAUUGACAGUAGAAGGCACGAUGUUCCACCAGAAGGGCUUGAAACCGAUGAGAAAUAUGUUGUUAUGCUAGAAGCUUCUCCAGCAUCGACCAUACGGACCAAGCGAUCUAGACAGAAGGGUGUGCCAAAGGAAGCUCCCAAUCCAGACAUUCCCUCAACGAACGAAGUUGACAGAUUUCAUGGAGCUUUCACCGAGAAUACUUUCUGGAGAAGCCCACGUCUGACGGGCAUUUUCAAUUCCCUGUCCAGGAAACCAAAGAAAUCUCGCCCAAGCUUGGGCUUGGGAAGUGGAGCAUGA